AUGAUGUAUACACAAGUUUUGAUGAUAGUUGUGGCGAUAUGGUUUGCGCCUAUAAUUUAUGGUCAAGAAGCCGAGGCACCAGCGACUGGUGAUGUAGCCGACGCACCUGGAACUGACUCAUUCAAAAAUGGUGGUUGGUAUGAAGACGCAAGAGCCACAUAUUACGGUGACAUGCAGGGUGGAGAAACCCGACAGGGAGCUUGUGGAUAUACUGAUACAUUCAGACAGGGCUAUGGUCUAUACACGACGGCGUUGAGCACGCCGCUCUUCAACGACGGUUACACUUGUGGGGCUUGUUACGAGAUCAUGUGUGCGAAUACUCCACAAGCGUGUUUGCCCGGAUCCAUCAAAGUCACGGCUACAAAUUCAUGUCCACCAGGCUCAACCGGCGGUUGGUGCGACCCACCACAAAAACAUUUUGAUCUCACCCUACCAAUGUUCAUCAAGAUCGCCAAGCAAAUAGCCGGGGUUGUUCCGGUUAGAUACAGACGUAUUCCUUGUGUGAAAAGAGGUGGUGUCAGGUUCGAAACAACCGGAAACCCUAAUUUCUUGAUGAUCUUGCCGUACAACGUAGGAGGAGCCGGAGAUAUAAAGGCCGUGCAGAUUAAAGGAAACAAGACCGGAUGGAUGGCAAUGAGCAAGAACUGGGGACAGCACUGGACCACCAAUGUUAUGUUGACUGGACAACAAUUAUCAUUCAGGGUUACGACCAGUGAUGGGGUUACUAAGGAUUUCAUUAACGUGGCACCCAAGACUUGGGGAUUUGGCCAGACUUUUAAUGGAAGGAUUAACUUUUAG